CAGAAGGGAUAGAAGAGAGAUCAGAAGACAGAGGAAGACGUUUGCCUGGGACACUCUCAUGAGGGUUGGGAGUAUUAUUUUUGGAGCGGCUGGGAGUAUUAUCUUCAGAUCGUCUUGGUGGAUUAUGUUCAGAACAGCUGGGAGGAUUAUCUUCAGAGCAGCUGGAUUAUCUUCAGAGUGGCUGUGAGGAUUGUUUUCAGAGUGGCUUGAUUAUCUUCUGAGAGGUUGGAUUAUCUUCAGGUCGGAUGGGAGGAUUAUAUUCAGGUCGGAUGGGAGGAUUUUCUUCAUUGGGACUGAGAGGGUUAUCUUCAUAUGGACUGAGUGAAUUAUCCGCAGUGCAGAUGGGAUCUUCAGAGCAAUUGAGAGGAUUAACUUCAAAGCUUCUGGGAGGAUUAUCUUCAGGUUGGAUGGGAGGAUUUUCUUUGUUUUGAUUGAACGGAUGAUCUUCAUAUGGAUUGAGUGAAUUAUCCGCAUGCGCAGAUGGGAGGAUUAUUUCUAGAGCGGUUGUGUGGAUUAUCUUCAUAGCGGCUGGGAGGAUUAUCUUCAGAGUGGCUGUAGAGGAACAUGGGGAUCUGGUCUUUUUUCCAUGCCUAGCAGUUGCCUCGAUUGAAGAUUCUGGAGCCCAAAAGCAGUUUUGUAUCCCUUAUCUUCAAUCCCAGUCUUUAAUGCAGCUUGACCGACACACAGUCUACAUGAUCAUCACCAAUUUCAUGAAGACGCGUGAGGAAGAGUUGAAAAAUCUUGGAGCUGAUUUCACUUAUGGAUUCAUUCAAGUCAUGGAUGGAGAAAAGGACCCACGAAACCUCCUAGUGGCCUUCCACAUUGUGCAGGAUAUUAUUACUAAGAACUAUGCACUUGGUCAUUUUCUAGAAGAACUGUUUGAAGUGACAUCAUGCUACUUUCCCAUAGAUUUUACUCCUCCACCCAAUGAUCCACAUGGCAUUACUAGGGAGCACUUAAUAUUGGGCUUGAGAGCUGUCCUGGCAUCUACAUCCCGUUUUGCAGAGUUCCUACUUCCACUCUUAAUUGAAAAAAUGGACUCUGAUGUGCAAAGUGCUAAACUGGAUUCCCUUCAGACACUGAGUGCCUGUUGUACAGUUUACGGACAGAAGGAGCUAAAAGAAUUCCUUUCUGGGCUCUGGUCAUCCAUACGACGGGAGGUAUUUCAGACAGCAAGUGAAAAGAUUGAAGCAGAAGGUCUGGCUGCCUUACAAGCACUCUCUACCUGCCUUUCCCGUUCAAUACUCAGCCCUGAUGCAGAGGACUUGCUGGACUCCUUUUUAAACAGUGUUCUGCAAGACUGCAAACACCAUCUGUGUGAGCCGGAUAUGAAAUUGGUGUGGCCCAGUGCCAAACUUUUGCAAGCUGCAGCUGGUGGGUCUUCCAGGGCCUGUUGGAAAGUCACAGCCAAUGUUCUUCCUUUGCUUUUGGAACAAUACAACCAGCAUGCUCAGAUGGCGCUGCACACCAGUGCAAGCAUAUCCAAAGAGAAGAUUCACCCACCCAGCUCCUGGCUGCAAUACUCAUGCUUCGCCGAGCAACAAACAAGCAACCAUCGCAGGACAAUCCUAGAGAUGACACUGGGAUUUUUAAGGUUGCAGAGCAGGUGGCUUGAUGAAGAAGAUGAAAAUGGUCUGGGGAGUUUGAAGGAAGCCCUGUGCAGCAUGGUAUUUUCAGCAGUGACUGAUUCCAGUACUCAGCUACAUCUAGUGGCUGUGAGAAUCCUGACUGCCCUAGCGAUGCAGCAAGGCUUCUUGUCAUCCAGGGACACUGACCUAGUCGUUGAUCAUUUGACAAGACUCAUCUUACAGGAAAGCGACAGUGAAAGCUGUAUGGCAGCAGUUGAGGCCUCGGGAACCCUGGCUAAAGUUCACCCCUCUGCAUUCAUCAGUAGGAUGCUGCCACAACUCUGUGCAAACUUGCAAACAGAGCCAAAUGAUAUUAAUCUGAAUGAAAGCAGAGUGGUCUCUGAGCAUUCCGUAAGGCGGCAUUGUCUAGAGGCAUUAGCUGCUGUGUGCACACAUCAGAGUAUUCUUAAAGAAACUGUUCCUAUCCUACUGGACUAUAUAAGGACAGCGCCCAAUGGAGAAGGGGAGACAAAUGCUGAAAAUGUGGUGUCUGUAUGUAAGAGCCUAUAUCGUGUUGCUGUACAAUGCCAAGAAGACUCUGAGUCUCUACAGUUUUACCAUCAAACUGUGUUACCCUGCCUACUGUCUUUAACUGUACAAGCUGCAACACAAGACAGCGAAACAUCCUCCCAUGUUCUGCUAAAGGAUGACAUUCUCACUGCAAUGGUGCCAGUUAUUAGUGCAGCCUGCACCCAUCUCAAGCCCGAGUUAGCCUCAAAAAGCGUCUCCCAGAUUGUGGGUUUAUUUCUUGAUGGGGACGUUUCUCUGCUGCCUGAAAACAAUUUUUCAAGCAAAUUCCAACCCUUCCAGGUAAAUGGUCCCACAGAGCUGCAGAACCGCUUAGUGUCAUUGUUAAUGGCAUUUGUUUGCUCCUUGCCAAGGAAUACUGAAAUUCCACAUCUGAGACGAUUGCUGCAGCAUUUGUUAUUAUUGAGUCUCGCCGGUUGCUCACCAUUUGCAUAUUCCUCUGCCUCAAAGUGCUUUGCUGGUCUAAUAAAUAAAUGUCCCCAAGGGGACCUGCUGGAUGAUAUACUUCAAGUAACCACUCAACGGAUAGAUGUGGGGCUGGCAGAUGAACCCAGCAGGAACCAGGCCAUUACUCUUCUAGUCUGGGUAACCAAAGCCUUGAUACUGAGAUACCAUCCUUUGAGUGGGCAGCUCACUGAUAAGAUGAUUGGUUUGCUGUCUGAUAAGCAGCUAGGUCCUUCAGUGGCAAACAUGUUCUCCUUGCUGGUAUCAGACUCACCGGAUGUCCUUAACAAAGCCUGCCAUGCAGAUGUCCGCAUCAUGUUCCGGCAAAGAUUCUUCACAGAGAAUGUCCCAAAGCUAGUGCAGGGAUUUAACUCUGCAAACGGAGAUGACAAGCCAAACUACUUGAAAGCUCUCUCCCACGUCCUUAACACAUUGCCAAAGCAAGUUCUCAUGCCUGAGCUUCCAUCGUUGUUAUCCCUGUUGCUUGAGGCCUUAUCCUGUGCCGACGAGGUUGUUCAGUUAUCAACUCUGACCUGCUUAGAACCUCUGCUGCUAGAGGCGCCCGAGACACUGAACGUUCACAUAGAUGGUCUUAUUUCUAAGCUCCUCCGUCUGACCUCUAGUCCUGCAAUGGCUGUUCGGAUUACAUCUUUGAAAUGUAUACGUGCUCUCAUCAAGCUCCCUUUGCACAUGCUUCUGCCUUAUAAGCAACAAGUGAUCCGUGCCUUAGCAAAGCCGCUGGAUGACAAGAAGAGACUAGUCCGGAAGGAGGCAGUAGAGACUCGCUGCCAGUGGUUCUUGCUUGGAAGCCCAGGGAGCUGAGACCGCACUGAAGUUUAACUUUGCACGGAGACAAUCUCACCAGGAUGCCGCUAAUUCUUACAACUCGAUCAACUCCAUGUGACAUCUUGUUUUGUCGUCCCUCGAAUACGGACAACCCUAAAAUAGCGCCAGGACCUGCUGACGCCAUUAACUCCCUGCGGGAUGGAUCACAAAGGUCCGGCAGCUUUAUAUUGCACAUGAAUGAUAUUAGUACAAAAUGUACAUCAGAUAAAGGACUUGGCAUGAGGGAGAAGAUUACUGAUCUAUAAAAUAUAUAAGAUGUAUAUUAUAUAGUUCUGUGAAUGAAUAGCUAUGCCAGUCUUGUGGCCUGGUUUUAAGUUGGACAUGAAAGGUCUUUUUUUUUUUUUUUUUUUACUGUGUGAGUAGUAAAGUCAAAGGGAUGCUCUCCUGCUGUUGUAUAAUAAGAACUAUAUCUAAAAACAUGAGGUACAUUGCCCUUGAGUCCAGGUAAAUACGGAUUCUCUUGCCCAUUUUAACUUGAUGCUGCUAUUCAAACCAGAUUCGUUCCCUGCCUGAGGAUUAACAUAGGAAAGCAAUUAUUCCUUUUACAGUACAGGUAUGGGAUCUGGAAACCUGUUAUCCAGAAAGCUCCAAAUUAUGGAAAGGCUGUCUCCCAUAGACUCCAUUAUAAUCAAAUAAUCCAAAUUUUUAAAAAUG